GGCGCGCACGCUGCACAGCCCGCCCCGCCAUGAGGAGCCCGCUCGGCCUGGCCCUGGCCGGCUGCCUCGUCGCCUACGCCGCCGCGGCCGCCGUCGAGAACUUCGUGUUCGAGACAGAUGACGCCGUUGUCAUCGAAGCCGCCGAUCUGCAGGACGUCGUGCGAGACAAGCGCCAGCUAUGGCCCAAGUACCCCAACUACCCGCAGUCGGUGGUGCCGCCCGGCUGGCCCGGCCUCCCAGCAGGAGUCACCGCUACUUGUAAUACGGCGGACGGACGGAGCGGCCUGUGCCUGACGCGCUCGACCUGUCGCUGGACGCGCGACACGACCGAGGACGACCCCAACAGCCUAGACAGGACGCUGGGGGCCUGCACGGCCGUCGACUCGUCCUCACGGCGCGGCGAGCCGUCGGGCCUGCCGGCGGCGCCCACCCACUGGUGGCAGAGUACGCCGAGCUCGGCGCCAGCGCCGGUCACUGACCGCCCGGCUGGCGCCACCCAGUGGUGGGAGACGACCAAGAGGCCGACGGCGGCCACCACCAGACCGACCGCGCCGCCGGCCGGCGCCACCCAGUGGUGGGAGACGACCAAGAGGCCGACGGCGGCCACCACCAGACCGACCGCGCCACCGGCCGGCGCCACCCAGUGGUGGGAGACGACCAAGAGGCCGACAGCGGCGCCCAAGCCGCCGGGCGCCACGCAGUGGUGGGAGACGACCAAGAAGCCAGUGACCACUACCAAGAGACCGACGCCGCCCGCUGCCGCCGGCGGCGGCGGCGGCGGCGGACAGUUCAGCGCGUGCGGCACGCGCAGCACCGAGGGCGCCGACAGGAUCGUGGGCGGCACGCAGGCGGCGAAGGGCGAGUUCCCCUGGCUGGCGGGCAUCUUCAAGAGCGGCCGACAGUUCUGCGGCGGCUCUCUGAUCGACAAGCGACACAUCCUGACGGCAGCUCACUGCGUGGCCCACAUGAGCUCUUACGACGUGUCCCAGCUGCUCGUGCGGGUGGGCGACCACGACAUCAGCUCGCCCUUCGAGGCCAAGCACGCCACGUAUAAGGUGGCGCGGAUCGUGCGCCACAAGGGCUUCUCCGAGAAGACACUGCAUACGGACAUCGCGCUGAUCACGCUCACCAAGGACGUGGAGUUCAGGACCAACAUCCGGCCGGUGUGCCUGGACUCGGGCAGCAGCACGUACGCCGGCGAGAUUGUCACUGUCGCCGGCUGGGGCAGCCUGCGCGAGGGCGGCCGCCAGCCGUCCAUCCUGCAGAAGGUCAGCCUCAAGGUGUGGAGGAACGACAAGUGCAGGGCGACGUACGGCGCGUCGGCGCCCGGCGGCAUCAUCGACUCGAUGCUCUGCGCCGGCCGCCAGGGCAAGGACUCGUGCAGUGGCGACUCUGGCGGCCCACUGAUGCGGGUGGCGGGUGUGGUGUACCAGGUGGGCGUGGUCUCGUGGGGAAUCGGCUGCGGCAAGGCCCAGUACCCCGGCGUCUACACCCGUGUAGCCAAGCUGCGUGAUUGGAUUGAUAGGAACAGGGCCGCCUACUAGGACGGGUGGGGCGGCGCGCGCGGCGGCCGCCACCCAAGACACGCGGGCGAACGGAGGCCGAUGGCCGGCGGGGGUAUCGUGUGAUAUCGUGGACUUCGUGUCGGAGAGUGCCUUUCCGCAGGGGGACAGGCGGGCUCGCUCCCUUCUCGAGCGUCGCAGAGCCGGAAAAGACAGACGGCGCAUUAUAAUCUUCAAGACUUCAUCGCAUUCGCCAAGUCGGCCAUGUGGGUUUUCCUUCUGCACUGGUGUGAUGAGAUGAGCGUUUAGAGGGUGUGUGUGCGUGUGCGCGUGUGUGUGGGCGUGUGGGAGUAAGUGGGUGUACCAGGCCUCGCCAUGUCAUUCUAGACUGAUGACGAAGACUUGGAAAUAUCUAACGUCUUACAGGUCAAUGCAUUCGCUGAACCGUCGCAUUAGGUCCAUUGGUGGCGAGACCAAAACGCGACGGCUUUUUACAGAAAAACGCUGUGGUUUUGUCACAUCUAUACUGUGAAAAUAUACUACCGGAUCAUG